AUGGACAACGACAACACUUCCGAAGACGAUGAUAUUGGAGACAUAAAUCGUCCGGAUCUGUCGGCAGACACAUCGGAAUGUGCCCUGCAGCUUGAAACUGACUCGGUAACUGACGUCGACAGUGAAGCCUAUUCUGACUCUGAGUCAGAGUCUGAGCCAGAUUCUAAUCUGGACCAAGAUUUGGCUACGACUAUCAUCAAUGAAAUCAGACAAGGUGACUACGUCUGUUUGGUGUGUACGGGAGAGAUCGAUGCUAAUGCUAAGGUAUGGUCUUGUGGCAACUGCUAUAGAGUGUAUGAUCUUGACUGUAUACGAGAUUGGGCCCAACGUGGUUCUUCAACCAAUAGAGAAAACAAAACUUGGAGAUGCCCUGCUUGCUCCAAGGAGACAAAACGUAUCCCUUCGAGAUUUGCUUGUUGGUGUGGCAAAGUGACCAAUCCCAAACCUAAUCCCGAAAACCCCUUCAGUUGUAUGAGCAUAUGUGAUCAAAAGUUCACCAAUUGUAUUCAUUCGUGUACUUCGGUGUGCCAUCCCGCCAAACAUCCGCUCUGUGGGGCGUUGGGACCCGUUAUGAAGUGUCAAUGUGGUAAACAUGAGCAGCAGUUGCCGUGCUUGGUAACUCCGUAUGACCAAGGUUGGAGAUGUGACACCAGCUGCGAUGUAGAGCUUUGUGAAUUCGGUCAUAGAUGUGGUAAGGGAUGUCAUAAGGGCUUUUGUGGUCCAUGUCAGGAGUUAAUCACCAUGUCUUGUUACUGUGGUAAGGAAGAUUUGACCAUAAAAUGUCUGGAUAAGAUUCUUAAACGAGGUGAGCUGUGGAUUGGGGUUGGUAAAUGCUCACAUUUGAAUGAACAGUACUAUGAUUGUGGAUCCCAUUUUGAAACUGUUGGGUGCCAGCCUUUCACAACCCCCCCAAAAUGUAUUUAUUCCCCUGAAUUGGUAACUACUUGUUACUGUGGUAAGACGAACGUGGGAGUUUUAAACAGAAGCAAAUGUACAGACCCUAUUCCUGAAUGUGAUAAUGUCUGUGGGAAAUUGCUACCAUGUGGUUGCACUUGUCGAUUCAAGUGUCACGAAGGUCCUUGUGAAUGUUUCAAUAUUCUUUCUUCACCAUGUUCUUGUGGGAAUGGUUCAUAUUUGGUUCCCUGUAAGUUUCUUCAGGCGGGUCUGUUACCUAAGUGUACUCACAAAUGUACAGUUCUCUUGAAUUGUCGGAAACAUUACCAUAGAGAGGAAUGCUGUGAAUACGAACAAAUAGGGUUGAAAAGACUAAGAGAACGGAAGAAGGCAUUAAGGAAUAACACUCGUACUAAUUCUGAUGAUGACAUAAUGACCAUUGAACCGGUACAUAUCUGUACGAGACCGUGUAAUAAGUUGAAACAAUGCGGAACACAUUAUUGUGCCGCUUUAUGUCAUCUGGGCUCAUGUGAAGUAUGUUUGGAAUCCACCAAUGAUGAUUUGGUGUGCCAUUGUGGAAAGACAGUUCUCCAAGCACCGGUUAGAUGUGGCACUAAACUUGUGUGUCAUGAACAAUGUGUUCGGGAUAAACCCUGUGGACAUCCUCAAGAACCUCAUGAAUGUCAUGAUGAGACCAUUGAGUGUCCCAAAUGUACUACUACAGUUACAAAGGAGUGCAAUUGUGGAGCUAAGAAGGAUAUGAAAGGUGUUUUAUGUUCGCAGAAUAGUGUUCUUUGUGGUACAGUAUGUACCAAGUCGAAGCUGUGUGGACACCCUUGUAUGAAUGUAUGUUCUCCCAAUUGUACCAAACAUGACAUUCAUUCUUCUUCUUCUGUUUGUCAAUCCAUGUGCAAGAAAAUUAGAUCACUGUGUCCUCACUAUUGCAAGCUUAAGUGUCAUGCUAAUAAGCUGGGGAAAUCCCCCAAAUGUGAUGCUACUGUGUGUUCUCAUAUGGUAGAAGUAUCAUGUGCAUGUGGCAGUUUGAAGAUGAAGACUCCAUGUGGAAGUUCUUUAACAACAGAAAGUAAUAUUGGGAAGGUAUUGGAGUGUGAUGAUCUUUGUUUUAGACAUCAAAGAGAUUUGGAAUUAAAGAAGGCUUUUUUUGGAAAUGGAAAUGGGAACUCUGCUUCUUCUGCUACUGCACAAGUAGAAGAACAGUUUCCUUAUACUAAGAGCAUUGUGGACACUUAUACCAAACAGACUACUUGGUGUUCAAGAAUGGAAAGCUUUAUGAGAGAGUUUGUUGAAAAUCCUGAUAAGCGUUUUUAUUACUUCCCAAUAAUGAUAGCACCUCAACAGCAAUUUAUUUGUGAAUUGGCUGAUCUGUACAAACUUUAUCAUGAGAUUCUGGGAGACGAAUCAUCUAAUGAACAACAAGUUUUGAUUGUACUGGUUGAACAAACCGAAUUACCUUCGUUAACUAUUGAGGCUGCGAUUUAUGAACGAGAGAAAUCAUUGGAAAGCAUUCGUAUUCGUCAAGAGAAAAUUGAUCUGCUGUUUAUGAAUGCCAUUAUCAUUAAGGAUGUUUUCUUUGGGGUAACAAAGGAAAGAUUGGAACGGGAAUUCCUGGAAAAUCCUCUUUCACAGAACGGAUGUAUUGUUAAGUUGAGAGAUUAUGUUUAUUACAACACUGAAACAUACUUAAAUUCUACAUCAGACUCUGAAGCAGAAUUAUAUGCGUUAAUGAGGUCUAUUAAGAACAGUCUCCGUACAAAAUCAUUGGCAUUUGAGUGCAAGUUAGGGUUGAUAGAUGAAGAAGUACUGACAAUUUUGAAGGAGACCAUUAAGGUAGCCUCUACACCAACCAAUAACACUACUCCAGCCAAUGACGACACUAGUGAUGGCAUUACUCUUACCGCAGAUAACAAAGUGGUUUCUACAGACGAUAUCAUUGAAGGUAUUGAACGUACGAAGAUUGAUGAGAUUGAGCAUGAAUCAAAGGAAUUCGAGUCGACGGAAUUUGAGUCAACCGUUCCCAAAAGUCUGAAUGUGUAUGAUAUUCUCCUGACUUAG